AUGGAGCUAGCGGCAGAGAGCCGUCUCGACGCCGCCUUCGCAUUCCACGCGGUGCAAGACCUCAGAAAGACCCUGCGAGGCAUCGGCAGCGACCUCGUCGUGCGGUCAGGGGAUGCCGCCGAAGAAGUCGGGAGCUUGGUCAAGCAGGCGGGGGCAUCUCACGUUUUCUUCCACUCGAGUCCUGUGCACGCGUUGCGCCGGUCACACGAGCGAGUCCGAGCCGCUCUUGCUCCGGAGAGACGGCACGGCCGAGGCGGCGAUGCCAAGCGACGGCCGCUCGCUACCGCCGCCGGCGUCGACGUCCGCUCUUGGUCGGCCUCACAGCUCACCGGCGUCGACGGGUGCGACUCAGACGGGGCCUGGAACUUCCGCGAUUUCGAGAAAAAAUGGCUCCAGGGAGACGAACCGGCACGUUCGGAGUUCCCCGCGCCCUCGACGCUACCACCGAUCCCCGACGGAAUCGAUCUUGGAAGCUUUCCGAGCAUGGAGGAGGUGCUCGCCCGGGUUGGCAGCCGUAACCCCCAAGUCCAGGAAGCUCUGUCCGCGGCAGCGCAAGCCGAGGCCCCCUUCGGCGCUCUGCAUCUAUGCGUGGAGGGGUACGGGGAGUCUCGAGCUCUGGCGAUGCUCGACGACUACCUGACGAUGGGCGAAGUUGACUUUGCGAGGAGCGUAUUUGGGCCGGAAGAGGGUGAACCCGCGGGUGGGGGAGAGCCGACGGGGCUUGAGGCGGUCACCACGCGGCGAAUAGUGAGGGCGAGGGGGUACGGCGGACUGGCCCCUGGAGAGGCGUUGGCGAGGGCCUUGGGCGUGGCGAUCGCUCUAGGUUGCAUCUCGCCGCGAAGGCGGGUUGUAAUGUUCCUGGCACGACAGCCUGACUACAGGCCGGCAUCUCCCCGACCCGAUGCCACCGCUGAGGGGCGAAGCUCCCCCUGGAUGAGCUUCCUAGAGCGGCGGGCGCCCUCCAAGUGCUGGGCGAGGAAACUGGCGGUGAUCGAGUCUUGGCACUCGCUGCUCGCGCACAGGGACAUCACUGUCGGGAACAACCAAGGAGGACAGGCGAUGGAGCAACGGUACCUCCGCUGGCAGGGCUGGCUGGUGCGGUACGCCCUCGGCGGCAGCGGGGACGCCGCCGCGCCCACCGCCCUCCUGGUCCACGGCUUCGGGGCCUCUUCCGACCAGUGGGACCGCGUUUUCGAACAGUUUUCUCCCUCUCUCUCUCCUUUUUCUUCUUCUUCUUCUUCUGCUGCUGCUGCUGCUGCUGCCACUGCUGAUGGAAAGUUGCCGCUUUCGGACGAUGUCGGCGGUGACCUCGGCGGUGAUGCCGCGGCGGCGCUAGAAGGGGUUAGGCUUCUGGCGCUUGACCUCGUGGGCUUCGGGCACUCGGCGAAGCCUCCGCUGUCCUUCUCCCAGUACUCGUGGGCGGACUGCGCGAGGGACGUUGCACUGAGGGUCGGCGGGGGACCGUUCUUCAUCGCCGGCAACUCGAUCGGAGGGUACAUCUCGAUGGGGGUGGCAGCAGACUGCAAGGAGCUCUGCCGAGGCGUCGUGCUCGUAAACAGCGCAGGAAGAAUACUAGACGACGAGGAGUUCCAAACGGAAGCCACCGUGAAGUACGGGGGGUUAAGCGUCGAGGAGGCCACCCGCAGGGGGAGGCUGGAGGCCUACUCCGCCCCUCCCAACGCGGCCCUCGCCGUGCUGGGGGCCGGGCUGUUCGCCUUCUUGCAGGGCCGCAUCGCGGAGACGUGCCGCAACGUCUAUCCGGUCAACCCGGGCAUCGUGGACGAAGGGCUAGCGGAGAACAUCCUGCGAGACUCGUGCGAUCCGGGUGCUGUCGGCGUGAUCGCCGCUGGGGGCAAGCUCCCUUUCUCGCGCUCGGCCAAUGAGAUGCUGGGGAAGUUCGGGGGUCCAGUAUUAGUCACCCAGGGCGUGAAGGAUCCCCUAAACGACGCGGGCGGGCGAGCGACGCUGUUCGAAGCUCUCGGCCCUCAGGUGUCGGUGGUUCGCUUGGACGGGGGUCACUGCCCUCACCAUGAGGUAGCGGCCGACGUGUGCGCGGCUUUGUCUGGCUUCGUACAGAGGGUGGAAGAAGGAGAACCAGCGCUCGUCAAGCCUGCUUUAUGAAGACUGUUGUCCGCAGGGGCCGCGCCCCUGCGAGGUCCCAAGAAGACCGUGUGUCGAUGUAACUGUCUGCAUGGAUGCCCGCACAACACAGCAGUACUCAAGCCUGCACGGCUAAUCAAGGGAGCUGGCUGGCUUUGUUUUUGCAGCAACCGCUGCUAAGAUGCGUACCGAUUAUGAUUCUCACAUCCAUGGGUCUCAACGAUGAUGAAACUACGGCGAUGGGGGUGCGAUGCCACCCGUUAUUGACCACCUUGUCGGUGAAACCGAAGACAUGCGAUGGUGGCGGCGACGACGGUGAGAGAAAGGAGUGGUGUGUGUAGCGGAAAGCCUAGGGAAAGACGUUGCAGAUU